GAGAAUGGGUUUAGAUCAGUCAGUGUAGAUUCCAGUGUGUCGAUAGUUGUCGAAGGCCCCUGUCACUUAAUACCGAUUUCUCACAUGCUUUUUGGAGGUUGGGAAUAAAUACUUUUGGAGUGCCUUGUGACACUAUGGAUAACGCAUCACGCUGGAUUGGUUGCUUAAAUUAACGUCGGUGGAUCAGCAGAACCCCGACAAGGAGCCGACGAGGAAGCAACAAAUAGCAAUGAUGGGCCGGCGCCUGGACCUCCAGCAUCUCUCGGAGGAGGAGUGCGAGAAGAUCCUGGAAGUCAUCCAGAGGGAUUUCAACAUCAGACAGGGAGAGAAGGAGAGGCUCACUAAAAUAGAAGAAUCGAUUGACAAGGAAAAGAAAACCCGUGAAAUCUUAGCUGAGAAGGAAACGUUCAACGAGAACUGCUGCAUGAGAUGUUGUGACACAUUCAACUUCAUCUUCAACCGUAAACGCGUCUGCAUCGGAUGUAAAUAUAACGUGUGUAAGAACUGUUGUGUGUACGAUGAUAAUGUUAAGGAGUAUGUCUGCAGCACGUGCCAAAAACACAGGGAGCUCGUUACCAAGUCAUGUGACUGGUUCUACCAGGAUGUCAAACGACGAUUCCGCCGCUUCGGAAGUGCAAAGGUGGUUCGCUCGCUCUUCAAAAGGAGGCCAGAAUCGGACAGCGAGGGCGACAGUGGUUACGACCCGUCUCUCUUCAGUUCCAUGUCAAACACGACCAAGCGACGCUCUUCUGUUCAAGAUGACGAGGCGAGUGACAGUGGACUUGGUGCUCAAAAACCUCACCACGAGUUGGACUCUAUAGAUGGCGCUGUGGGUAUCGAUCACACCAAGCAGUUACACUUGGAGCGCUACGACAAACAGCUCAACAGUAUUCGAGACAAGGUGUAUUACAUGCUGAGGAAAAGGUUCGCUGACGACCAUCUCAAGUUGAAAGGAAUGAGACCCAAUCAUGGUCUCCUCCAAUCAUAUCGGAAAGAAGUCAGUAUUGACCUGACGAACCUCGCUCAGGCCUUGUAUCUCGCCUAUGAAAACCACCCCUCCGACGAGCACAAGGAAAUCAACAAAUUGGUCCAGGACACUCUGGUGAAACGGGUGGAAUCGUUUGUAGGACACCCUGUAGUGGUGACAUUGCCAAACAAUGUUGACGAGGAUGACAGCGCAGCGACUGAUGACGAUGACUCUCUGUGUGACGAUCAUCCGUUCGAGGACCAGCUCGCAGACCACAUCAUCGCACAGAUUUUGGAUAGUUUCAAGUCGGAGAACGAAAAUGGACACGAACCCAUCAUCAGUGCCAACAGACAUCGCCCUGCACCGAUUAAAGAAGGGAGUCAUGAGUCUCUCGAUGCCGAAAGUGAAAUUCGGGGGAAUCUGAAUGGGACUUUAGACUCGGAAGAUGAGGAUGUGUUUCAGAAUUCCAUCCAUCGGUCGGACAGUAACCGUGUGAAUCCGUUGAUGAGCCCGCGUCAUACAUAUUCUAAGUUUCUCUCCCUGGGGUCGCCACUGCCUAGUUUUAGCGAUGUUCAGUCCCCACUCGGUAAACGGGAAAUUGAUCCUGACGAUUUGGCGGCCAUUGAACAAAACAGUGACGAUUUUGAAAAUAUCCCAGAUUACGACGAUGACGAUGAUAUCAAUUAUCUGGAGCGACCAAAUUCUGUGCAUGAUGGGAAUAAUUGGACGCUGUCGUUAAAGGAUGAGUCCGGGGACAAGGUUGAAAACAUGGAAUAUCAGGAAUGGGUGAAAAAUAUUCGGCGGCCGAGCUCAGCAAGUUUUACGACGAAACCGAUCAACAGUAUUGUGAAUACCACGCAGGAGUUUGGACGAGUUUCACCUAUGAUUGGAAACAGGGAGGUUGACGAUCUCACCGACUCGUCCAUCUGUAGUGAUGAUGAUGAUGAUGAAGUAGCUGAGGUGACGCAGCCUGGCGACAUAUCCAUGGAAAGUCGGGAAAUUGCUGAAAUCACCAAAAAUAUGAGUCCAAUGCUGAAUGCUCCGGUGGCGAAUGUUCCAGUUGAGGUUUGCCAGCCUGAUGUCCCGAAGACAGAGGCAGCCAUCGAGGCAUGCACGGACCCGAGGUUUGAGAUGAAGCCAAUGGAUCUGGUGGUGCCUGAUGGUGAACAUGCCCAGUUGAGGUGUCGAUUGACAGGGACGGACCCCAUUGAUGUUUUCUGGUACCGUGAGAACAAGAAGGACAUUGACCAAUUGGAAGACGAUGACAAGUAUGAGAUGAUGCGUGAUGGCAACCAAUAUACGCUCACCAUUUACAACACGACCGACAAGGAUGCUGGUGGUUAUAUUUGCAUCGGUGUCAAUGGAGAAGGCCAGUGUAGCUGUACCACGAAACUCAGUCUUAAAGAAAACUCCCUGGAAAAAAAACCUCCCCAGUUCCUGAAGCAGCUUGAAGAUGUCGAGGUCAUUGAAGGUCAAGGCGUAAGGUUCAUGGUCAAGGUCAAAGGUUACCCCGUACCCAGGGUCUCGUGGUUCCGUGACGGCAGACGCAUCAAGUCAAACGCUGAAUACCAGCUCCAACAGUUUGGUAACCGUGGUUACAUCUUGACCAUCGACAACGUCACAUUGGAUAAUGACGCUGAAUAUAAAGUGAUAGCUCAGAAUUGUCUCGGAAGGAUAAUGUGCGACGCCCAACUUUUAGUUGAGCCAAAACCGAAAGCUCCCCCCAAGUCCCGACUGAACCUCCCCCUUAAGCAAACCACCCCCAAAGACAGGUCAGCUACACACUUGGACAACCUAUCACAAAAGGUAACCAUGACACGGCGCAGAGUUUCUGGAACCGCUGAGGAUAUCCUCUCCUCUGCAAACAAGAUCUCGAGCAUCGAUGAAGACCUACAUGAAAUGGACAGACGCCUGAACAACUUGGAAGCUGAGGUUACCAUGACGAUGGAUGACGACAACACUACGCCACCUUGUGUUAGAAGAAAUAACUGUGAAGAAGCAAUAAUCGGAGAAUAUCACGCAAAGAAAAAAGCAGCUGGCGAGAUGAGAAAGGUGACAUCGUCGGCUCUCAACUGCCUGUCACGAGCCGAGCGCAUCAUAGCAGCUCAGCAAGAAUCCCUGCCUGUCAAACGUAAACAAUCAAUCAGCCGAGGACGGGAAGGAUUGACGUUUUCUGAUGACAUUCAAAAUAUGAACGAUCUUGAUAAGUCAGAUCGGCGGGACACAAAAAGGAAGUUGUCUGAGGAAGAUGGCGAGCCUGUUUUGGAUUUUCGAUCGCCGCCGAUUGAUUCCCGACGCUACAGCCGCGGUUAUGUCGGCGGCGGUCAAGCAGACGGCAAGAAACAAAACAAAUGGGACAUGACGCCGACAAGUUCUCUGCAUGAUCGCCGACGAUCAUCGACAAGACAGAUGGCGCUAGCGGAUGCAGAAGAUGAGCAUCUUCACAAACGCCUCCAUACAUUGUUAGAAAAGUGCGACUCCAAGAUCCCCGGUGGGAAAAAUAUCUACAUGGCUGCUGGUCAAGUGUUCUCAUUGGAGGAGAAGAUACAGAUGCUCGAGUCAAAGGUGAACAUGAUCGACGAGACGACGGUUGGUGCUGACAUGUCUAUGUUGGAAGACGAGGUAGCGAGAGCCGUCGCUGGCGUCAUGGGGAGUGAUCGUCAGGUGGACAAUGUCGAACAGCAAGUCGGCGAACUUAAGAAAAUGUUCUCGCGCGAGUCUCUCCAAUCACAGCAUUCCACCCAAUCAGAGGCUGAGUCCUUGGUCGAUUCCGGUUGUGGGACAGGUGCGACGACACCGACAGACCUCAUGUCACCUCGACCGUCCGACAUCUAUCAGAUUGAGGAGGACAUUGUGGAGUUGCCAUCAGUGCGAGGAUUGAUGACCAUGUUUAAUUGUACCGCUCAGGUGGCUGAUUCAGGAUCUCCAGUAGCCAGGCCUGACAUACAAAAGGUCCGCAGCCUGACAGGUCGCGACUUCUCAAGCUCUGUCACCGAAAAGUAUCGCAACAAAACUCCCUCUAGUGGCCAAAAAGGGCAACCAAGUGUGAGUAGGUCAUCAUCCUUUAACAUCAAGGAGAGAGCGAUGUCGCCGCUGGCUGUCAGGAAGUUUCCAGAUUCGCAACAACUGGAGGCAACGACGCCAAUAGGUGGCACUCACCCAAGGACGGCUGGUUCCACGACACAAGGUGCUUUCACUCCCCAAGCUCGUUCUUCCCCUCUUCCUCAGAAGAAACUGGCCUCAACUGAAUCUUGUGUUUCGAGCGCAAGUGUAACGCUAUCAGAUCCUUCGGCUGCGCCAAAAAUAAAUGCAUCUUUAGUAAAUCUGAAAAGAUUUUAUGACUCUGGACGCGAGGUGUCACCAAGUUCACAAAACCCGCCAAAAAUCAAACAACCGCUAGUCAAUCGGAAUCGUUCAUAUGACUCAACUGGGCACGAGGUUGUGACUUCCUCAAAUCAGCCAAUCAGAGCAACGGAGAGUUUUUCUACACUUGGAUCACCGCGCAGGGCUAGGACGUCACAAGAGAAACAGGACUCGCACCCCAAAUAUGUGUUAAAAUCCGACUCGGCAUCUAGUCAGGGAGAGACAACACCUAAGUUACGGCGAUCGUCGUCAUCCAAAAAAAUAUCAUCAAAAGCGGCAUUUUGGGACAAUCGAAUUGUUGAUAAUGUCUCUUCAGAUCGGGACAUUUCUUUGGAUCCAGAGGUUUUUGAUGGACAAUAAAGAAAUCAUGUAUCUGCCAUUAUGUGUUAAGAAAAUAUGUCACACUUUUAAUUCUUAAUCAGUCCCUUGUUUUUAUCAAGAAUAGAAAGUAGGGCAUGUUUCUCUUAACAUAUUGUAGUAGUCUUAUGGCUUACAAAUCAGACUUCAGCUGAAUAAAGGGGCUGAAAGAUGCUGUCUUAACAGGAGAGAUGAAUUCAUUAAGGGAUUUGCAGUUUAAAUUUUAAUCAAUUCAUGGGGUUGUUUAAUUCCUAUUGUUUUGUUCAUUCUUGGACUUAUUCAUCACAGCUCUGUUGGAAAUACACGUCAUUCGUGCACUCUUCUAAUAAUGUAUAACUUGUACGUGAGAUUCCAACAGACGCGGUGUAAACAAAUGAUGUGACACGUGUCACUGUUUGUUACCUCUUGUCGUUGAUCAGUGAGCCUGGUUUGGCCAAUCAGAUGACAUCUUUUAGGUUUGUUUGAUGCAGAAUCAUCGCCUUGAUGGAUGAGAGGGUUCUGAUUGGUGAAUCAGUCACCAGGGGGCCAAAACAGCUGCUUGAGGAAAGUUGCGAAUGGUUUGGGUUUUGCGAUGCUAAAGGUUAAGAUGAAUGUGCCUGAUAACUGCACAUCAGUUUGAUAAUGUCCACAUUGUAAAUAUGGGUAUAUGGGAUACAGAGGUAUUGAGCCCUUAAGUGGGCAGAUUUUGAUUUCAUUAAUAUCUAACAAACUUUUGUGGAAAUAUAAAUAUACCGUAUCUUAAUUAAUUCAAAACUUGUAUGAGAAGACAAUGAAAAAUGAAAAUGGUAGGCCUUAAUAUUUAUAUAUUCUUCUGAGAAGUUAUUGAAGGGUUUGUCGACAAAGCUGUUGUUUUGAUGUAUGUGAAAUGUCUGGCCUUUCGUCGAAGAGGAAAGAGGGACAAACCUCCUGAUUGCAGUGAGAUAUUUGGUUAAAAAUUAUUUGCUUGAGAUAAUUAGUUAAUUGAUUCACAAUGCAAUAUGAUAUGCUAUUUAAAUGAAAUAUUGUGAUAUUUAAAAGCUGAUAAUGUCUAAUUUCAGCAAUCCUCCAGGUUUUGUUGUUUCAAAAGUUGGACAUUAUUCAUGACAUUUCCUCAAAUAAAACCAAGGCGGUGAAUAGCAUAUCAA